CAUCGUCAACAACACCGGAUAAGUUUUGUAAUAUUUAAAUGCAGAAUGAGUAAAACGGUUCUGGUGACUGGUGGAACAGGACUCGUGGGGAAGGCCAUCGAAGCGGUGAUCAACGAAGAGAAACCACCAAACGAACGAUGGUUAUUUGUCGGGUCCAAAGAUGCCGAUCUCACGGACCUCCAAUCAACGCGUGCCAUGUUCGAAAGAUAUCAACCAACACACGUGAUACACCUGGCGGCAAUGGUUGGUGGGUUGUUUCACAACAUGAACAACAAUUUAGAUUUUCUACGAAAAAACAUUCAAAUCAACGAUAACGUACUUUUGCUGAGCCACGAAUACAAAGUGCAAAAGGUUGUCUCCUGUCUAUCCACCUGUAUCUUUCCAGACAAAACUAGUUACCCAAUUGAUGAGACAAUGAUUCACAAUGGGCCUCCGCAUGACUCGAACUUUGGUUACAGUUAUGCCAAAAGACUGAUUGACAUUACGAAUCGUGCCUACAAUCAGCAGCAUGGCGACAUGUUCACUUCAGUUGUUCCGUGUAACGUCUUCGGACCGUUCGAUAAUUUCACUCCCGGUGUGAGUCACGUGAUUCCUGGAAUGAUCCAUAGACUACAUGAGACAAUAUACUUAACAGAUCCAGAGAAACCCCAAAAAGAGAAAAUCUUUUCAGUCUACGGUACGGGCAAACCUCUUCGGCAGUUUAUAUAUUCCAAGGAUCUGGCGAAAUUGUUUAUUUGGGUAUUGAGAGAAUAUGAAAACGUGGAACCCAUCAUUUUGUCGGUGGACGAAGCAGCGGAAGUUACUAUUGCCCAUUUGGCGGAAUCCUUGGUGCAGGGAUUCCAGUUCAAAGGAAAGUUGGAGUUUGAUAGCAGUAAAGCAGAUGGACAGUACAAAAAGACGGCCUCCAAUGCGAAACUGAGAAAAUUAUUACCUGAUUUCCAAUUUACCGAUUUCGACUUGGCCAUUAAAGAAACGGUUCAGUGGUACAUUGAUAACUACGAAAAGGCUAGGAAAUGAACAUACAUUAUGCUUUGUUUAUUAGUUUUAACAUUGUGAAAAAGGGAUUUGAGCUUGGCACUUUAAUACAACUCUAAUAAAGCAAAGUCGAAUGUUGAAUGUA